UAAUCUAGAUUCUAUCUAAGACUCGAGUUUGUGGUCCCUAACACCUACAAAUGUUUGUGGGUCAACUAAGUUGAGUUGAAUUAAUUAUUUAAGUAAUAAACAUUAUGUUGCAGAUGGGUUUGGCAAUUGCUAACCUUGUUGAGUUAAUGGUAAAAAAAAAAACUAGAGAUUUGCUCUCUUUUUUUUUUCAAAGAUAAGAGCGAAGCUGUUUAGUGGAAUACAAAAGGCUGAGCUGUUUCUUUUGAUUUUUCAAGAAACGCUGGUAUAAGAGAGAAAUAAAGGCUUCUGAUUUCAGAGUUUCAGUACAACCAAUUUAUCCUCAUUUUUAGCCAACUCUUUCACGUUUUGCCAACUUAGAUCUGGUAGAAAGCAACUUGGUUUUCUUUUGGUUCAAGUUAGUUCCUUUAUAGUUUUAUGAAAAUAACAAGAACCCAAAGUCAUAAAAGGAGGUUUACUGCUUUUGCUCUCUCAUCUUCUCCUCCUUGUAGCAUCUCUGGUUCUAUUUUGCAAUUCACUAUACUUUGUUAUCUUUUGAACAUGGUAGAAAUAGCAACUAAGAACCAAAGGUGUUCACCAUUUGAUCUCUUCAAACCCUAUUUACUUUGUGUUUCGAUCCUUGUUCCUUCACUUGUUCUAACUAGUUUCCUUGGUUUGGGGUUCUAUGUUAUCCUUUUCACUACAACAAUCUUGAUUAUAUCAACAAGUUUCCUCGUCAAAUUCUCAAAGAAAAGUAAUGGGGUUUUGGUAGAGAACCCAUCUUCCACAAAGCUGCAAGUUGAAGCUGAAGUACUAACGCCAUUACUGAUGAACAAAACAGUUUCAGAUGCAUCCAUAGAAGCUGAUAAUGGCAUUGUGAAUGAGUUCCAAGUUGAUGACUCACUAGAUUUAACAUCAGAAAGGGAAAAUGUUGAGAUGAAGUGGAUGAUUUCAGGUAAUGAGGAGCGAAAUCGUGAAAUCUCAGAUGAAUAUUCAACCUCAGAAGAAGAUGAUGAAGAAGGUCUCAUUGAAAUAGCUAUUCCAAGCAAUGACCCCACUGGUUUGAAUGAAGAACCAAAACCAAAUCUGCAAUCCAGUUUGCCAACUUUGUUGCCAGAACCUAUGUUCCACCAGCAAGACCUUGUUGAGUUGUUGGAAGAAAUAAAUGAGGUAAAUGAGGAAGAAAAUCUAAUUGAAAUCGACAUUUCAAUGGGUUCUAUCAAAUUUCCAACUUUUGAAAUUCAAGCUUAAGAGUUAAAAUCACUAUCUUCUAAACUUUGAGUUCAACUAUUUGAUGUUUUAGCUUAGGAAUUAAUAUUAUUUUUGGUUUAUUUUGUUGUUUUUAAAUAGCAUGGACUUAAUUCCUUACUUUUUGGCAUAUCUAUGAUGAAGUUUAAUGCUUUAUAGAGGAUGUCUAAUCUUUUUGACACACAAUGUAUAAAGGUAUCAACAUUUUGACUUUUAUAUCGCAAGGGAAAUAAUUGCCCUUUUCUCGUGGAAA